GACGUCAUAUUAGCAGGAAGUGCUGUGAUACGCGUGUUUCCCUCUGAUGAUGUUUGGCGUCAGUAAUCUUGAGAGUUUAUCAGGGAAGAUAUGCCAGGGAUAUAAACAAACCAACUGUGUGUGUGGGCAGGCACAUGGGAGAUAAGUUGUGCGAUUGAGAUUGGAUGUGUGGACAGUAAUUAUGGUUUCCGUUGCAAGGCUGAAGAAUUAUGUGAUUGCAGGUCUUAGCGCUUGUGGUGGUGCAGCUAUAGUAUACUAUGGACUUAUUUUCGAUAGAAACAGGAAACAGGCCUUGCAGGCAGCUUACACGGAUAAUUUUACACCAAGUGUUAAAUGGGACAAAAACUGGGAUAGGAUGGAGCCAACCUCACUUGUAAAAUCUUCCAAAGGGAAUUCAGAUGACAAUAGGUAUAACGAGGAGUUAGAGAAACAAAAGUCAACUGCUACACGUAAUUUAAUACUGAUACGUCAUGGUCAGUAUAACCUAUCUGGCGAAACGGACGCCGAAAGAGUUUUAACUGAACUUGGAAGGAAGCAAGCAGCUCUGACAGGGCAGAGAUUGAAGGAACUUGAUAUGCCUUAUACGUGUCUUAUUCGCUCCACAAUGGCACGAGCUGUGGAAACUGCAAAAAUUAUACAUAGCUACUUGCCAGAUGUACCAGUGCAGGAUUGCAAUAUGCUGGAGGAGGGUGCGCCAAUACCACCGGAGCCACCAGUUGGACACUGGAAACCAGAAGUAUUUCAGUUUCAUCGUGAUGGUGCUCGAAUUGAGGGUGCAUUCAGGAAGUAUUUUCAUAGAGCCAAACCCAGUCAAACUUCGGACAGCUAUGAGAUCCUUGUCUGUCAUGCAAAUGUCAUUCGCUACUUUGUGUGCAGAGCUCUGCAGUUUCCUCCUGAAGCUUGGUUGCGUCUGAGCCUGAACCAUGCAAGUAUUACAUGGAUUGUCAUCCGUCCCAGCGGAUUUGUUUACUUACGUUCUCUUGGUGACACCGGUCACAUGCCUGCAGCAGACAUUACAUCCACAUAAACUUUGAGAGGAGAAACUAGUUUGUUUGAGUGGAGUUGAUUAUUGUUGCUAUUUUUGGACUGAGCACAACUGUGGAAAAAAUAUGAUGUGUACUUUUGAUCUGUUUGCUGUGUAAUUAGAUUAUGUGAAGUGACAUUUUUUGUGUGUGUGAUAACCAGCUUUUAGUGCCUGUUGUAGGGAAAUUUUUUGGGUUAUUAACGGAAAUGAGAAUUCCACCUUCUAUUCUUGAGCUGCAUUUGUUUUUUACCAACAAGACAUAUUGAACAUUUUAGCACUAAAAUAUGGUGUUGUAUUUCAUUUGAACAUUUUGUGUGACAUUUGGAAUGUGUUAUUCACUGUAUGUUCAUUUAGUUAAAUUUAUUUAAAAUAUUGGACAGUUAGUAAAAUUAGAAAUGUUGUGUAUCGAAAAGACAACAUUGAAGAUGAUGAGGAUCAGUAGUCAUAGCACUGCCUAUCAUGCAGACCAUUGAGGCAAGUCACCAGACACCAACUUGAUGUGAAAUGAUGACUGAUGAAUAGGAUAAAACUGUUGGAAGACACACAUUGAGCUGCUUGAAAAUUUUAGUUAAUUUAUGUAAGAUUUAUUCUGCAAGUCAAAUAGGCUUUCUUUGAAAAAUUUUACAAUACAUAUGGCAACUAGACAGAUAUCCAUUGAACAGAAAGGCUGAUUACUUUGUUUCUGUUAUUAAAUAGUUCUCUUUAAAGCUGGAGAGUCAGAGAGAAGGUGUAUUUACUACCUCUUUCUAUGAUACGAGCAUAUAGAUUUGUACGUGCCCAUCAAUACAAGGAAUAUUGUUCUCAAAUUUCUUGUUCAUGUUGUUUAUCAUAUAUUGUCUCUGAUUAUGAAGUGCAUUAGAGUAGUAACAACCCUCCCAUCACAGGUUCUCGGUAUAUGCAUGAGUAAAGAACACAUUAGGAACAAUUCAUAUAGUUUCCUACUUCAGGUUAACUCUUAUGACACAAAAUCAUUUGGAAGAAAUAUCAAUACAAAUUAAAACACACUGAUUCCAUAUUGGAGUAAUGACAUAUGGUUUGAUCACAUUAUUUGCAGAAUGGUUCAAAGACAGGCUGUGAUAAGUAUACGUAUUACUGCUGUAAGGCUUUACUCUCAUUUGCAGUUACAAAUUUCCUCAUUCUGUGGUUCAAAUUGUCAGGAUCACUUGGUUAUACCAUGAAAGGUUUCCAAAAAAAUUUUGUAGUGGCAGCUGCAUAUUAUGAAAGUAGUCUUUUUGUACAGUGUGUGACGUAGGAGAGGUAUGACAGAAUGAUAGGUUUACCUUGCUAUCAGCUGCUGUAUAGUACUUCAGUAGCGUAUGUAAGUGAAAGAUGUGGCAGUUAAAUUUGUGACCGAAUCCUAGAAAGUGAUAAAUGCUGGACUACUGAAUGUUAUUGGAAGUUAAACAUACUAGUAUUGGCAUCUUGUCAAACCUCACUUUGCACAAAUUUGCAAUGACAUUUAUCAGAUGAGUGUCAGAGCACACAACUUUCGUGGUAGAAAUCCACAAUAGAAAGCUUCUUCACUCUCAAGUAUCAAAAACUCAGUAUUGAGAUUGGACCUGUUUCUUGUGGAAAACUGGAUGUUUCAUAAUCCAAAUAGGUGCUUUAUUUUGGGAUGAUGGUAGUGUAAUUUGAGACAGUUUUUUUUAUAUUCAUAUCUAGUUCCAUUUCCUCACUGUGGUUAGUGCGACCUAUAUUUUGCUUUCAUUCUUCAGCAUGAAAUUGAAUGUUUAAUGCUGACUCAUUUGAGAUUGGCCAUUUUAGUAAUGGUGUACAGAAAUAGGCAAAAAUGAUGACUGUGGUUCAGCAACACAUCACAGCAAGUAGACAUUUAACCCAGUCAUGGAUUGUCACAUUUUUUCCAUUGCUAUCCAUGGAAGCGUGCGAUAGUGGGAGAAUGUAAUCUGCAGUUCUCUUAAGUUACCUGACAUGUCUUUGGAGGAAACUACUAUUUUCACUCCAUUUGGGAUAAAUUACAAAUGUUUAGAAACAAAAAGCAGUUGAGACACAACAGCAUUGUUGUUAAUAGCUUUUUGUGAAGAUGUAGCCCAACCGUUAACGGAACUAUUGCAGUAAAAGUAAUUUAUUUUAUUAUUCUGUUAUUAAAGUUGUAUUUGAAACGUUUCAUGUAUGAAACAAUAUGCUGUGGAUGAGAUAAUGUGUUAGAAAGAACUAGUCAGAAUAUGCUUUCACAUAUCAGUGCUCAGAUUGUCAAUGUUUCCAUUUAAAGUGAACUUUGUGGUAUUGAUGUUGUUUUAUGUUGGGAUAAAUUUAAGUAUAGGUGAGGAAAUUUAAGUGUGCUGUAAUAGAGGUUUUUAAAAUUCCAGCAUUGCCAUGGCAGUUCCAUGUCUAUGAGCUUUCAUGCUCCUGGAUUUGAAGGUACCUAGUACAUUUUCAUAUUGCCCGUAUAGCAGUUCUAAAUUUUUCUUGUGUGUAAUGUCUUGCCAUUUUAGUAAUGUACAGUUUAUUUUCAGUUUUGUCUUCAGUUGUUCAUGUUUAUUUGUGUUUUUAAAUUAUGAUUUAGUAAUUUGUCUGAGAUCUUGUCAUUAGUCACUAGCAUUUAUUUUCAUCGUCAUCUCAUUUUGCAUGUUUACGUGGAUUACAUUGUUUUCUGCAACUUUAUGAUGAAGUGAUGCUAUAACAGGUUUGAAAGGAACAUAGGACAUUAAGUAGAAACAUAUCUGUAACAGGACUGUGAUAAUAUAAUUUCAUCUACAAUAAGAAGGAACAGUGAUUCUGUACUGUGAUAAAGAAGUGUUACCUUUCAGAGCUGACUAGUGAGCAUCGUAAUUUCCUUACUAAAAAUCUGUAUUUUAGUGGCAAUAGUAUUACUUUCAAUACAGUAUUAUUCAUGCCAUAGUCGUCACAUAAAUUUAAUUUUUUAAAUAGUUCAUAUCAUCUAUUAGUGCUCCAAGAUUUACCAGAAAAAUUGCCUGAAAUCAUAAAGGUGCUCAGGACAUGUUCAGGACAUCUAUUAAACUGUGACUUUUUUGAUGCAGUCUGUGGUAUUUUGUUGUAGAAGCAUAUGAAAAUAGUAUUGUGAGAAUAUAUCAGAAAUAAUGUGGAUUACUCAGAUUAUUGUUUUACAAACACAAUUUUACAGAUAUAUUUUUCACUUGUCAUAUAUGCAACGUUUUCCAAUCCAUAAUUUUAAUGUGUGAAUAGCAUAAAUUGCAUUUUAUGUGUUUCUGACUUUUGU